AUGGCAACCUCCAGCAGUGCUUCUGCAGGUUCUCAGAAGAAAGCUUCCUCUGAACAGUACCAAGUUCCAUUCAGAACACUCCUUACUCCAGUGAAGAAUCUUGAAGUGUUAUCUGAACUAAUUAUUGAUUUUGGCAGUCUGAAAGAGAAUGGUUUUGAUUUAACAGAAGAAGUUAGGGCACAGAAAUGGGAAAGGUAUUUAGACAGAACAGAUUUUCACCCUUGGGUGCCCAGCAGCAAAAUCAGAGACCUCAAGGAUCACCACAGAGUUUGGGCGAAGAUAAUUCAUGGGUGUUUUAAUCAUAGGAAGCCAACUAGUUCCCCUGAUUACAUAAAUAUAGAUCAGCAGUUUAUGAUCUAUUUUAUCAAUCAGAAGGUAAAAAUCAACUUGGCUCAUUUUCUGUUUAAUCACCUUAGAACAAGCGUGAAGGAAACCAGGGAAGAAGAAAGAACAAAGAGGGAUUGGAUACCCUUUGUAAGGCUGAUAUCAGAUAUUCUGACUGAGAAUAGGCUGAUAGAGCACCUGAUAGAAGCUCAAGAGUUAAGCACCAUUGAACCAACGGUUGGGAAGCCUCUGAACACGAAGAAUCUGAAGAAAAUGAAGUUAAUAGAGAAUAUCAGAAAGGAACCCAGCAUUACUCCCACUGCUGACAUCACCAGCAGAAGAGUCCCACUGAGUGACUUUCCUUUAUUUUCUGAGAUAGAAUCUAAACCAGUGGUGGUUCUCAGAUAUUUAGACGCGUGCAAGGCUGAUGGUACAAAUCCCAAGCUCAACAUCAAAGACCUGCACCAACCUCAACCAGAAGUUACACUGAAGAAGACGAAGAAAAGGAAGGCCCCUUCAGAAGGAACAUCCCAGCAAACACCCAAGAAAAGAGCAAUUGACAAAGUGCUGUCUGACAUUGAUCAACAUGCCUCUGAUCACCCCUCCAAUAAUCCAAACUCUGAACCACAAAUUGUCCACUCUCCUCAACCAGAACAACCUCUCUCACCCAUUCCAGAAGAACCACAUAUUCCUGAACAACCAGAAAUUCCUCCUCCUUCUCCACAACCAGCAAUUCCUUCUCCCUCUUCUCAACCAGAAAUUCAUCCACCAUCACCUCAACAUGAGUUUCAUCAUUCUGAAACUCCAUCUCCUCCAUCUCCUGAACCUCAUUCUCCUCAAUCAUCUGAGCCACAACCUCUGGAAAUCCAGCUGCCAUGUGGAACAACAGUAACCAUGGCCCAGCUGCCAUCCUCGCCAGAAUCUACACCACCAAACACUCCCAAAACCCCAAACAGUCCAAUCAUUAUCUCUGAUUCUCCCACUCCAUCUCCAAAACAAACAGCUCCCAAACAAAACACAGAAAACCCCAGCAGGACCUUCAUAGAUUUAACAAUCCUUGACCGUCUUGCUGAUCUGAAAAAUAAAAUAGCCAUUCCAAAACCAAAACAGCCGGAUGUUGGGUCUGGUAUUAUGAAUUUUGAAACAGGUUUGCAGCAGUGGAUUGCUUCUCUGAAGCAAGUCUGUCCUAGAAUGAUUGAUCCAGCUGCCUCUGACCAGCUCUGGUCACAAUUCAGAAUUUGGGUACGUGCUGAAGCUCUAAAAUUGCAAGACAUCAACUAUGAGCAAGCACAGCAGAAUUUCAGCAAGCUUCUGAAUGAAGUUGGAAGUCAGCUGCUGAAAGAAGACGUGCUCCUUCUGGAUAGUGAGCCAUGGUCUGAUAAGCGUCCAGAUUCAAAGGUGCAACCAGAAGAAGACCAGACUAUUCAAGCUGAAGCCAGUCAAGCUGAAGAUGUUGCAGAAAGCUCUCAGAAGCUCCCUACUUCUGAUGUUUCUCAAGCUGCCAUGGACAGGCAGACUCUGGAAGAGCUAAAGCUGAAUGAUAUCCGUCUGCAGCAAAGGAUGGAUGAAAAUGACCAGAAGAUGAAAGAAAGGAUGGAUGUGCAGCAUAGCAAGAUAGACACAGUAGUCAGCAUGGUGCACAAGCAGAAUGAGACUACUGAUCAGAUCAAAGCAAUGCUGGAGACUCUGUUCACAUGCCUUCCUCCCCAACCUUAUAUUUUCAUUCAUGCCAUUUUCAUGUUUUCUUUGCAUAUCUUCUGUACUGUUUUGUUUGGUUAUGAACUUUUUAAUAUGACAAAAACUCUGAUAGGUAUCAGCAAGUACAUCUUAAUCAGCAUCAGAAUAUUGGUUAUCAACGUCAGCAUCAGAAGAUGCUAUAUCAGAAUACCAGAAUCAAAAGAACAAUUCACGCGUAUGCUGAAGCUUGAUGAACAGAACUGCACUCAACACUCUGAUAAAGACAACAACAGUUCAUCAGCACUUAAGCAGAGUCAGAAUGAAGCCAAGCCAGAACACACUUUAAGUAGCAACGGUACUGUGCAUUCAAAGCGAAUUAUUACCAACGACAUCAUUCCAGACAAGAUCUGCUCAAUAAGGAAAGUUUAUUAUUGGCAUUGA